UUCUCAACCAGUGGCCUCUUGCUAUUAAAUACCCUCUCUCUUCAUCGCUCUUCCUCUACUUCUGCUCCCCAAAAAACAGACAGAGAUCGAUCGAUUGCCAAUGAAAUUCGGUAAGAGAUUGAAGCAGCAAAUUCAGGAGACCUUGCCGGAAUGGCGAGACAAGUUCUUGUCCUACAAGGACCUCAAGAAGCUCGUGAAAUUGAUCUCUUCGGCUCCGCCAUUGUUGAGUGGAUCGCUCGAGUACGGGAAAUCAGAGGCGGAGUUCGUCUACUCGUUGGAUAAUGAGAUCGACAAGUUCAAUGCGUUUUUCAUGGAACAAGAAGAGGAUUUCAUUAUCCGGCAUAAGGAAUUGCAACAUAGGAUCCAGAGUGUGAUUGAUACUUGGGGGCCAAAUGGAAACCAGCCUUCAGAAGCAGAUCAUAAAGAAGAAAUGGAAAAAAUUAGAAAAGACAUUGUCAAUUUCCAUGGUGAAAUGGUUCUCUUAGAGAACUACAGCAACAUCAAUUACACAGGACUGGCUAAGAUUUUGAAGAAGUACGACAAGCGAACGGGCGGUCUAUUGCGGUUGCCGUUCAUUCAGAAAGUUGUGCAGCAGCCAUUUUUCAUUACUGAUCUUGUGUCAAGACUUGUCAAGGAAUGUGAGAACACCAUUGAUGCAGUUUUUCCAGCUGAGCAAGAAGAGGGGAGUAAAGAAAGAAAAGAAGCAAUAACAGUUGGUGGAGAUGGGAUUUUUAGGAACACAGUUGCAGCUCUAAUGACAAUGCAAGAGAUCAGAAGAGGCAGCUCUACUUACAGUCACUUCUCUCUGCCUCCUCUGAAUUUACCAGACUCUGAUCUCAUUCUGUCAUUACAACUCAACUCUCCCAUACCAAUUCUCUGAGGGAUUUGCUGAUCAUCCCACGAUGACACACAACAUAGCAGUCAAUUAGUACUGAAAUACUGAUACAUUAAGCAAUCAAAUAUGGCUAAGGAAUCUUUAGAGUUUUCUUUUGAGUUUUGUAAUACAAUGUUCAUUGGAUAGAACUUGCAAGUUGCAAUUUCCAUUAGACAGUAAUCAAUAAUUGUCUCCAGCUUCUUGUACUUUUAAUCACCUUUUUAUCUUCUCUCUUCCCUUUCAAAUGAAAAUUUCAAUAAUCGCGGGGCAUACAUAUAAACCAGGAUGAUUUACCAUAAGUUCAUCAACAAUCCAGAAAAAAGAAAAAA